CCAGCUGUGCAAUUGCAAUUGCCGCAUUUACUUCGUCUUCAAUUUGUUUAUUUUACGGAAAUAUGCUGCCCAAACUGAAGAUUUCCGCAUUCCUCCUCAAGCGUUUGGAGCGAACAAAGCAGCAGUGCAGCGGCUGUUUGUAUGGAGUUUUCUACGGUGACGGGACAUUACUCCUUUUGAGUUUCAACAUUGAGUCCAGUCUGGGACAGUUGAACUACGAGCAGAUCCAGCACAGAUUCCCAGCGGAGCUGGAUCUCUGUGGAUUGGUCAAGUUCGGUGACUGCAGCGAUGGCGAGGCGCACCUAAAUGAGGUCAUCAAAUCCGUGGACAUCACCGAUAAUCCCAUCCUGUUGCAGUGCGAGCUGGGCACUUUGGUGGGCAUGCGGGCCUCGUUCUUUGUGCACGGCAAGCUGGAGGAGGUGCCCUACGAGGUGAUGGAGGCCGAGCAGCUGUACAGUGACUUUUGCUUUACUCGGCUGCAGUGCGGCUUCUACCUACAGACAGCACCCACGCCAGAGUCUGUGGCACGGGAGAUGCAUGUGCUGCGCAAGCGGGUGGCCGAUGGCUCGCUGGUUUUUAAUGUCCCACAGACCAAGAUCUUUAUCAGCAGCUGUGGUCCACUGGACACGCGGUUUACUGGUGGUGAAUCGCAGAUUCAGGAUCUUAUAGACGCCAUUCCCAAUCCCGGACAGCCUGAAAAGGAGGCUGACAAGAAGAAAUCAGCGAAAGCUGCUACCCCAGUGAAGCACUUGGCUCCCACUGGCUGCGACUACGAGGUGAUUCCCAUCGACGUGAUGCGCACUCGCAGCCGCGAUCCCGUGACUCGAAACUCACCGCCGCAUCCGGCUCUCAGCAUUGCUGUGACCACCGAAGAGCAGACUCGCGUCCAGGUUCCACUGGAGAUAGAAGCCAUGGCCAUACUGUGCAGAAAAACCAAACUUCAGAGGCUGUACGAUGUGCUCAUCGAGAGCAUCUGCCGGGCUUCUCGGUUGUUCGAGUUGAGCCUGAUCGAGCACUUAACCGAAACGGAGAGUGGCAAGCUGCUGGUCCCGGUGAGCUAUCACUUUUAUCCCCAGGAGUUUGGACACUUUGUGAGCUGUGCAUAUCUCGAGGAUCUGGGUGAUGACGAUCCGAAUAUGCAGGAGAGACGCAAGCGUCUACACAGACAGUUUGCUCUGCCUGUUAGCCGUCCCUACUUCCGCAGGGCCAACCAGAUGCGAUUCCUGGAUGAGGAGGAGAAUGUUCCAUGGACACCACUGAUGAACACACACAUUGGAGUCCGGCCCAGCGGCGUGACCGAUGGCAAGGAGUACUUAGUGAAUGGAAACUACCACUACUACCACUACCUGCAGCAACAGGUGCAGGAUAAGGGUUGGGGCUGCGCCUACCGCUCCCUGCAGACGAUCUGCUCCUGGUUCGUGUUGCAGGGCUAUACGAAUGCACCGAUACCGACGCACUUGGAGGUGCAGGAAUAUCUGCACAAGAUCAACGACAAGCCGGCCGCCUUUGUGGGUUCUUCCCAGUGGAUUGGCUCCACGGAGAUCAGCAUGUGUCUGCAGGGAUUCUUGAAUGUUGACUCGAAGAUCCUGCAUGUGGCUUCUGGCGCGGAACUGGCCACCGUUGCCUCCGAGCUGGCCAUGCACUUCCAGACACAGGGCACGCCCGUAAUGAUCGGUGGCGGUGUGCUGGCCCACACCAUUAUCGGCGUUGACUAUUGCGUGCAGACGGGUCAGGUGAAGUUCUUGAUUCUAGAUCCUCACUAUACAGGCGCCGAUGAUCUGGCCACCAUUCAGAUCAAGGGCUGGUGUGGAUGGAAGGGCAUGGAUUUCUGGACCAAAGGCAGCUACUAUAAUCUCUGUAUGCCUCAAAGACCGAUCUUGUAUUGAGUUCUGCCUUAGCAAGGAGGGUAAUAUGUUUCCAAUUGCACUCUUAGAUGGGAUUUUAGGAUCCGGUUGAUAUAUGUAUGUAUACUUUUUAAGAAAUAUCCCAAGGAGUUCCAGAGCAACUUUUAAUAGGUUGAAUGUCUCUAAUUGAGCAAUUUUUAUAACGAUUUUUCAAUAGAAACUUUUUUAGAGCUUUUCGAUUUAUAGAUUGCUUUUUGAGCGGCUUUAAUUGUUUAAUUGGAAUUGCUUAAAAUUCAAAAAAAUUAUAUAUAUUAGUUUUAAUUUUUAUAUAAAAAUGAUUUGAGCGAAAUAUUUAUUUUUGUAUUUAGUUUUAUUUUAAUUUAAGGGGGUAAGGUUGAAAUUUGUUGUAGCUUAAUGAAUUAAAAAAAGCCCGACUUGAAUAUCUGUAGAAUUAGUUAAAGAAGUUAUGGGCCAAAUUUCAUAACGUUUUGUCCAGUAGUUUUUGAGUUAUCGUGGAACUUCUCAGGAGAGAGCUUUGAAAUUUGUUGAUACUCGUAAAUUGAACACCAAACGACUUCUUUUAAACCAAGCAUAACUUUGUCAAUUUUGCUUUGAUCGGUGUGAAACUUUGACAUAAUAUGCUUAAGAUAUUAAACAUUUAUAAUAAAAAAUAAAAUACAAUUAAA